AUGGUGCCCACCUCCAGGGAUAGCCGUGCAGACCCCACAGGGGACGGAGGAGAGCAGGCCUCCCCUCGUACCCCCAAACCCAGGCACCCGUGUCCUACCGCCCGGGAGACUGCGAAGUACAGGCACUCAACCCCAGCCAGCUGCUCCCUGCAGACAAGGGUCCCGGAGCGUGAGCCCCCUGCUCUGUGGUCCAGAGCUGCGGGCUCAAGGCUGGCCCAAGGUGGCCUUGGAGCUUUGCCUGCGCACAAGCCACCCGAGAUUCCCGCUGCCCGAGGUGCAGACCCCGAAGGCCCCUUGAAGGGGCUGAGGAGCAAGCAGGACCCUGGGGCACGCCACCCCGCCGCCACCCCGCCCCGGCCAGUGGGGCUACUCACCCACCUGUAUCAGCACAGGGGCCCCACGGGGCCCUGUGGCCAGGCCACACUCAGGAAGAGAAGCUCCGAGAAGCUGCGACCUGACCUGGGCCCCGAGCUCAGGGAGCAGGUGCCUCCACCCACCUCCCGUCCUGAGGGUCUGCACAGUCACAGCGGCUGGGGGCUGGCUUCACGGUCAGGACCAGAUGCCAAGUCUGCCCUGACCUCCACGGCCCUGGCCAGCCCAGGCCACCGUGACAUCUGGGCUCUGCCCUGGACAGCCUGUGCCUCAUGGCCUGUGCACCGUCCCCUGGGUUCGGGCUCAGGCCCCAACCCCCACGCUGCUCCUUCUCUGGGGGACCCAGAAGUGACUCAAAAGUCCCUAGAGGAGGACUCGGGGCGGGGGCAACUGUCACCCGGAGGAGGGGAGUUUGCAGGCGUCCCGACCGCGGUUCACACGAGGGCUCCCUCUCUGCCGGCCGAGGGCUGA